AUGUCGGCAGAAAAGCCAGAAUUCUUGGAGGGCGAGAACAUCUUCCCGAGCGAUAGGUCGUCGGGCGAGGUGGCGUUGGAACCAGCAUGGACGGAAGAAGAGGAGCGUGCGGUGAGGCGGAAGAUGGACUGGCAUCUGGUCCCGCUGGUCACGCUGUUGUACCUGCUAUGCUUCCUGGAUCGGUCGAAUAUCGGCAAUGCGCGCAUCCAGGGUUUGGCCAAGGAUCUGCAGCUCGUGGGAUACCAGUUCAACUGGUCCUUGACCGUGUUCUACAUCACUUACAUGCUCGUCGAGGUUCCCAGCAACAUAGUACUCAAGAAAAUCGGGCCUCGCUGGUGGCUUCCCUUCCUGGUUGCCGGCUUUGGGCUCGUCUCGCUGUGUACGGCGUUCGUGCAUAACUUCUCGCAACUGAUGGUUGCGCGCGCCUUCUUGGGUCUCUUCGAAGGCGGCACUAUGCCGGGUAUCGCCUUUUAUCUGAGCUGCUUUUACCGCCGCCAGGAGCUUCUUUUCCGCAUCGGCAUCUUCGUCUCGGCCGCAUCCAUGGCUGGCGCAUUCGGCGGACUCCUGGCGACCGGUCUCUCACGCAUCCCAGAGUGGGGCGUUGCCGCCACUCCGAUGCACACCUGGCGCAACAUCUUCUUCUUCGAAGGGCUCGCCACGCUGCUCAUCGGCGGCGCUUCCCCGUGGCUGAUGGCCACCAAGCCGGAAGAAUGCACCUUCCUCACAGAGCGCGAGCGGUACAUCGCGGCGGAACGGCUCGCGCUGGACCAGCACAAGGGGAUCGCCGUCAACGAGCGGGUGACGGCGCAGCACGUCAGGCGGGCGGUGCUCAACAUCAACAACAACGUGUGCGCGCUCGGCUUCUUCCUCAUCAACAUCACGGUGCAGAGCAUCUCGCUGUUCAUGCCGACGCUGCUGGCGGACCUCGGCUGGACGGCGACCAAGGCGCAGCUGCACACGGUGCCGCCGUACGUGCUGGCCUGCGUCGUCGCCAUCGCCGUCGCCUUUGCGUCGGAUCGCACGCGGCACCGCGGCAUCUGGCUUGCGCUGUUCGCGCCUGUGGGUAUCGUUGGCUUCGCUGUGCUGCGUGCCGACGGCCCCAGUCCGAAUAUCAAGUAUAUGGCUGUGUUCUUCGUGACCAUUGGCGUGUUUCCCGGUGGCCCGGCGUUUUUGUCUUGGGGCUUGAACAACGCGGCCGGCCCCGCCAUCCGCGCGGUAGCAAGCGGCUACAUCGUCUCGGUGGGCACGCUCGGGGCCGUGGUGGCAACGUGGACGUACCUCCCGUCGGACGCGCCGCGCUACCCCAUCGGGCACUCGAUCAACCUCGGGGCGCAGGCGGCGGCGUUUUUCCUCGCCCUCGCGGGCAUGGCGUACGUCGUCUGGGAGAACGGGCAGCGGGAGCGCGGCAGGAGGGACCAUCGCGUCGAGGGGAAGAGCGAGGAGGAGGUCGCGGCGCUGGGGUACCGGCACCCGGGGUUCAGGUAUAUUCCCUAG